AUGCGCUUAUUAACAACUCUCCUACCCUGUCUUGGAGUCAUAACAGCGGUUAUCGGAACUGACGGAGAGGCUGUCGUGCCUCAAGGUCUCAAUGAAAACCAAAAGACUUUGUAUACGAAUGACUGGGCAGAUCGAAUAUGGAAACAAAUACAGAGUGUUUCGUCUUGUUCGGGAUGUCAGGGCCUUUUAUUGACUUUCAAGAGCCUUGCGAAUCUGGGUGAUCGACACUUUAUCAACACACUACAGGACGUGUGCAAAAAGUCAAAGGUCGAGGAUGCAGAUGUUUGUGAUGGAACCAUCGAGCUUCAAGGGCCUAUUAUAGCCGAGGCGUUGAGAAACGUUGCCAUCGGUUCAAAGACUUCGCAGCAUUUUUGCGUAACAUUUCUAGGUCUCUGCCACUAUCCUACUAUAGACGAAUGGGAAGUCCCUGUGCCUCCUGACCACUUGCACCGAGAGCGUCCAGUCUCGAGCGGAAGGGAUCCUAUCAAAGUUGUUCACUAUUCCGAUAUACAUGUUGACCAGCUCUACACUGAAGGGUCGAGUUCAGAGUGUAACAAACCCAUAUGCUGCAGACCUUUCACAGAAAAUGACGAGCCUGGGAGAACGUUAUCCCCGGCUGGACCAUAUGGGGAGCAUACUUGCGACUCUCCUGCUUCUCUUGAGCAUAGCAUGUAUGAAGCAAUCAAAAAGUUGGUACCCGACGCUGCUUUCACGAUUUUUACCGGAGACAUUAUCGAUCAUUCAAUCUGGAACACAUCUUGGGACUAUAAUGAGCACCAAAUUAUUCGGUCAUAUGAGCAUAUGGAUAGACAUCUCGGUAUAGUCUACGGAACAGCUGGCAACCACGAGUCUCAUCCCACGAACGCCUACCAGCCUACUUCCGUCGGCGAUGCAUCCUCGUGGAUCUACGACCUUCUCGCAGGGACAUGGUCUCGUUGGAUCGGGCACGAAUCAGCCUCUACAGCAGCAAGAAUCGGCGCUUAUUCAACAAAAUAUCCCAAUGGUAACUUGCGCGUUAUCUCUCUCAACACAAAUCUGCUUUAUCGUGGGAACUUCUGGCUUUUUCAGAGGAAGAUGCUGCGCGAUCCCAGCGGCCAGAUCGAUUGGCUUGUUGAAGAACUCCACGCUGCUGAGAAAGCCGGAGAGCGUGUCUAUAUUAUUGGGCACAUGCCGCUGGGCGACCGGAAUGCAUUCCACGAUCAGUCGAAUUACCUGAACCAGGUAGUGAACCGAUACUCAGCAACCAUCGCAGCCAUGUUCUUUGGCCACACUCACAGAGAUCACUUUCAGAUUACGUACAGUGAUGCUCCGGGCAAGACCUUCAACAAUGCUCUAGUAACAUCAUAUGUCGGCCCCUCACUCACGCCCAUGUCAGGAAUGCCCUCUUUUCGUGUCUACGAUGUUGAUCCCGUGACGUUCGCUGUCCUCGAUGCAACUACUUACAGCGCCGACAUGACGUCUCCUACGUACCAGACUCAAGGCCCCGUGUGGGAAAAGUAUUAUUCUGCAAAGGAGACAUAUGGCCCACUCACGAACCCUCCCCUAAUCGACGAUACAGCGGAGCUCACCGCUUCAUUCUGGCACAACAUCACCGAGGUCUUCGAGAGGAAUCAGACGGCCUUUGAUGAGUACAUGCUACGUCUCAGUAGAGGCUGGGUACAGCCAGAAUGCACCGGCGAAUGUCGGUUGUCGCAGAUCUGUAUGCUACGAGCGGCACGAAGCCAGGAUGGCUGUGACAUACCAACACUAGGUUCCUCAUACCAUACAAGGAUGCAAAAUGUUGCAGAAAGAGAUGAGUGUGGCAUCUCGGUUUUACAAGCGACUUUUUCAGCCUUGGUGGCCAAGGAGGGAGCUUUGAAGAUUCUGCAAGAGAUUUUGGUAGGCCUGGAUGUGAAGUUGCAUGGAUGA